AUGGUCGACGCGCGGAUGGUUUUCGAGAGCAUGCCUCGUCGUGAUGUCGUGCUCUGGACGAGCUUGAUACAAGGCUUUGUGGACAACGGGGAAAGCAAGCUGGCUCUCGUGUUCUUCGAAGAUACGAAGCUAUCUGGGUGCUGUCCAAGCUCUCGGACGUGUGUUGCUGCGCUUGCCGCCUGUGCGAGCUCGGCAAUGCGAGAAGAAGCGGUGGAUGUCGACGGCAAACUCGUGAAGAGAAAGAGCUUGGAAACCGGGGUGGCUAUCCACGGUGAGGCUUCAAACAGCAGGUGCUGUGAGGACGUGUUCGUGGGGAACACUCUGAUCGAUAUGUACGCGAAGUGUGAGAAGCUAGAGGAAGCUCGCAAGGUCUUCGAUGGCAUGGCUGGCCGAUGUAAGUGGAGACAGCAAGCUGGCCUUGGAGCUGUUCUUCGGCAUGGCUCGGGAGAACGAUCCGGACGAGAGAACGUUUGUUGCUGCGCUCAUGGCCUGCGUCCACCUUUCAGCGUCCGAGGCACCUGUUCCGUGAGAAGAUGGAAAGCUAGUGCGAAUCCAGAGCCUAGAAAAGGGGAUGGAGAUUCAUUCUCUCGCCGCGAAGUUUGGACGCUGCGAGCACAGAUUUGUCGGGAGCAGCUUGGUGGACAUCUGGAAGGAAACUCCAGGCUGAGCUUUACAGGCGUGGGCUGGAAGACGAUCAAGUUGUGGGGAGUAAACUUCUACAGGAAGUGCGGAGUUAUGAGUGCGGCCGAGCACUUGUUUGGAUCUCUGGCAGUCCGAGAUAUCGUCGCCUGGAAUGCACUGGUCACGGGAUUCGGCCAACAGGGUGACACGCCGCGCGUGUUCGAAGCCUUUCGCGAGAUGCGAGAAGAUGGCGUGCGAGCAAACGCAAUCACAUUUGUCUCGGUCAUCACUGCUUGCAGCCACGGCGGCCUAGUUGAACGAGGCAGGGAGUUUUUCCAGGCAAUGGACCCGGAUUCUGGCAUUGUUUGCAGGAUUCAUCACUACAGCAGCUUGGUGGAUCUCAUCGACGAGAAUGACUCGGCUGCAUACGUUCUGAUGGCGAGCAUCUACCGGAGCGCGGGGCUGUGGGAGGAUCAUGAUAAGCUCAAGACUAUACAGGAGGCGGCCUUGAAAGCGGAUAAAAAGAGUUCACUUCAUCAAGCGGUCACACGAUGGUGA